CCAAUGAAAGGAUAAGCCGUAUUAAUGCUAUAAAAUGGUUGAAGGGGUUUGAUGAGCAAAAGGAGAGGGAAAACGAGAUAGAAACAUGGCAAACUGGUCAGCUGAAAAUGCCAUAAAGGCCUAUCUCAGCACCCUGAAAAUGGGCAACAAGACAAAACAGCCAGAUGUAGACAUAGCUGAAUUCAUCUCAGCUCUGGCCGCUGGCAACAACUCUCAGCUCAUGGUGGUGGCUUCUGCCGGAGCCGCAGACUCCACCACCCUAGCCCUGGUGGCUGCCGCCCAUCAGACAGGUGGCCGCGUCGUCUGCAUCCUUCCCAGCCUUCAAGAACUAGGCUUAUCACAAGAAGCUCUAGGACUACCCAAUGCAAAUCAUAUUGAGUUUGUCAUUGGAGAAGCCAGAAAUUUGUUACUGAAUUACUACUCUGAAGCAGAUUUUGUGGUCAUUGACUGUAAGCUGAAGGAUUUUGGAGAUAUUUUCAGAGCAAUGGAGGCUGGGAGGGAUUCUAAUUAUAAUGGUGGAGUUGUUUUGGGAUACAACGUGCUUUGCAAUGGUUCAGUACUGCAGCAAUGGAGAGAACUGAAAGGCCAGUUGUUGCCCAUAGGAAAAGGGUUGUUGGUGGCCAGAAUUAAUGCUGCAAAUUCCAGGAAAAACAAUGGAGGUGGCUGUGUCUCUGCCUGUACUUCUGGGAAGAGGAAGAGCCAUUGGGUUGUCAAGGUGGAUAAAUGCACUGGUGAAGAGCAUGCUUUUAGGGUUAGACUGCCCGGAAGGUGCUUGAAGCCUAGCGAGGUUUAGGUGCACCGGUGUGACAGUACGUACGGUCUUGUCUUAAAAAGGGCUCUCGGGAAGAAUGCGAAAAUCUUAUUUAUAAGCCAUAUAUAGUUCAUCCUUGACUCGCUUUGAUCAACAUGGGAUUCUCCCUCCCAACACUGCUAGUUCAAGUCUAUUUCAAGGUUUCCAUGGUGACUAGGUUUUCUUCCACUUGUCAACCAGACUUGGGAGGAUUAUUAGGUUAUAAAUCUAGAAUACGGAAUUGAAGGUGUAAAAAUAGAUCAAUUAUGUAUGUAUUUCAUUCUAUCACAUUCAGUUCUUGAAAGCAAUGGUACUAAAUAUUUCAAAUUC